AUGUAUUUGGAUGUUGCCGAUUCACAAAGUUUGCCUUAUGGGUGGAGUAGAUAUGCACAGUUUAGCUUGGCCGUGGUUAAUCAAAUUCAUCAUAAGUACUCAGUCAGAAAAGAUGUGUUGGUGAAUCAAACUGUGGAGGAAGGGUGGAGUUGGGAUAUACCAUUUCAUGAUGGUUUUAAUGAUUGGGAGAUGGAGUUGCAUCAGUUCAAUGCGCGAGAAAGUGAUUGGGGCUUCACGUCCUUUAUGCCUCUUGGCGAACUAUACGAUCCUAGUAGAGGUUAUCUUGUCAAUGAUUCUAUCAUAAUUGAAGCUGAGGUUCUACUUCGUAGGGUUGUGGAUUAUUGGACUUACGACUCAAAAAAGGAGACUGGUUAUGUUGGACUUAAGAACCAAGGAGCAACAUGUUACAUGAACUCACUUCUCCAAACUCUAUUCCAUAUUCCUUAUUUUAGGAAGGCUGUGUACCAUAUGCCUACAACUAAAAAUGAUUUGCCAUCAGCUAGCAUUCCUUUGGCUCUGCAGAGCCUAUUUUACAAGCUCCAGUACAGUGACAACAAUGUUGCAACAAAAGAGCUGACCAAGUCUUUUGGAUGGGACACAUAUGAUUCUUUUAUGCAGCAUGAUGUGCAAGAACUUAAUAGGGUUCUUUCUGAAAAACUUGAAGACAAAAUGAAGGGAACUGUUGUAGAGGGAACAAUACAGAAGUUAUUUGAAGGGCAUCAUAUGAGCUACAUUGAAUGCAUUAAUGUGGAUUACAAAUCAACAAGGAAGGAAUCAUUUUAUGAUCUUCAGCUUGAUGUCAAAGGUUGUCGGGAUGUUUAUGCCUCAUUUGAUAAAUAUGUGGAAGUCGAACGUCUUGAGGGUGAUAAUAAAUAUCACGCUGAAUACUAUGGAUUGCAGGUUAGUUGCUACUUGCCAGUAUGCAUCUUUAUACUGUAA